CUGCUGCUGCCGCCGGUGCGCACACACAUGGAGGAAAGGAGCUCUGGAAGCCUGUGGACGGAUUUACAAUAAACUCCGAGCACUGAACCGAGAUACUACGACACUGUUCGCUGUGUGAUGACACUAUAAUCCGAUCUGUGAUUUGUGAAGUUCCCAUAUCACCACAUCGAGACUUGUUUUUGUUUUUAACUUAUUUCUGUCUGACUGAGAUGAGAACCGCUGAGGACUCCUCUGGAACGGUCCUGCACCGUCUCAUCCAAGAGCAGCUCCGCUACGGAAACCUGACAGACACUCGCACUCUCCUGGCGAUCCAGCAGCAGGCCCUGCGCGGAGGCAGCGGCGGCGGCACCGGCAGCCCCCGCUCCUCUCUGGAGAGCCUGACUCAGGAGGAGACCCAGUACAUCCAGAUGUCAACGCGGCAGGAGCCUCAAGGCCAGGAGCACCAGGGGGACUGCCUGCACUCUGAGAGCUCCGUGUGCCACCUGUACCAGCUACACGGGGAGGAGCUGCCCACUUAUGAGGAGGCCAAAGCCCACCUGAUCUCCCAGCAGGAGCAGGCGGAGCAGGACGGGCCCGGCAUGGACAUAAUGGGAGGUCGAGGUGAGGGUCAGUGGGAUCUGAAGAGAGAGCAUGCUCGCUCUCUGAGUGAGAGGCUCAUGCAGCUCUCUCUGGAGAGAAAAGCACCCAGAGACGGUCUGGCCAUGAGCUCCUCACACAGCUAUCCACAGCUGUACAAUAACAGUAAUGUUACAAACGCUGUGGCUCCUGACAGACAUGGGGCCCAACAGUGGCCUGACCAGCGUGGACCCCCUCCAGACUAUCCUCUCUGCGCCAGGAUUCCCGGAUACAUGCUGAGUCACUCACAGGAGCACGUACAGUACCACCGAGACCCUCCUCCCCCCUUCUACUCCCAGCAUCACAGUAGGUAUGUGUCUGCUCAGACCCAGGUGGCUCACAGCAGCAUCAUCGCAGCCUCUGGCAAUAACUCUGCUCAUAACGAUGUGUUGAUGCGGGAGAACGAGCGGCUCAGGAGGGAGCUGGAGGUUUACACCGAGAAGGCCGCCAGGCUGCAGAAGCUGGAGUUAGAGAUUCAGAGGAUAUCUGAGGCUUAUGAGACCCUGAUGAAAGGCUCUGCCAAGCGGGAAACUCUGGAGAAAACAAUGAGAAAUAAGCUGGAGGCUGAGAUUAAGAGGAUGCAUGACUUCAACAGAGACCUGAGAGAUCAACUUGACACAGCGAACAAACACCGAGCAGCCAAGGAGGCUGAGUGUACAAACCAGAAGGAGCACGUCUUUGCGAAACUUCUUGAACAAAAUGAGGAGCAGCAGCGGGAGCGUGAACGUCUGGAGAGGCAGAUUCAACAUCUGCGAGUGUCCGGCGAGGAGGGCCAGCGGAGACGCGAGCUGCUGGAACAGGCUCUGGCCUCGGCUCAAACCCGCAACCGGCAGCUGGAGGAAGAGCUGCAGAGGAAGAGGGCCUAUGUAAAGAAGGUGGAGCGGCUGCAGAGCGCGCUGGCUCAGCUGCAGGCAGCCUGCGAGAAGAGGGAAGCGCUGGAGCUGCGACUGCGUACUCGGCUGGAGCAGGAACUGAAAAGCCUCAGAGCGCAACAGAACCAGACAUCUGACAGCACAGCCUCAGAACUGAGCUCGUCCACGCAGCUGAGGGAGAAAGAGGAGCGUAUUCUGGCCCUGGAGGCCGACAUCACCAGGUGGGAGCAGAAGUACCUGGAGGAGAGCACCAUGAGGCAGUUUGCAAUGGAUGCAGCCGCCACUGCUGCAGCACAGAGGGAUACAACCAUCAUCAAUCAUUCACCAAGACAUUCACCCAACAGCAGUUUCAAUGAAGAUCUGCCUUUGUCCAAUCAUAGACACCAGGAGAUGGAGAACAGGAUUCGGGCGCUUCACGCUCAGCUCCUGGAGAAGGACGCUGUGAUCAAAGUCCUUCAGCAGCGCUCUAGAUGGGAGCAGGGCAAACUGGAGAAGCAGAGCCUUCGUCCAGCCCGAUCCGUCCCCUCCAUCAACACCGUGACCAGCAGCACCGACAGUAAAGCAAAGAGCCUCUCAGAUGACCAGACAGGUGCUGCUGCGCUGCAGCCUCGGCCCUUCGUCUCAGCCAAGAGGCCGAGCAGAGACUCCAGCACUCAGAGUGACGAGGUCCCGCAGGAGCCCGAAGCAGAGGCUGACAUAGAAAAGACGUCUGAGCUGACCUCAGCAGCUUCCACUGACACCUCGGAGGAGUCAAGGGCGCAGCUUAAGACGCUCAAGAGCAUCAACAGCUCGGACACAGAGGUGGUCGAAAUCCUCAUUUGAAUGCAGCUCAUAGACUGACGGAUGACAGAAGCUGUUGGCCGAGGUGUUAAAGGCCUUCCUCCAAGUCUGAGUCCAGAGUGUGGCACAGUUUGUUAAGGAGAGCUGAGCUUUCCUUCUGCUGUUUCUGCACAGUUCACAAACAGACAGUGGGAAUUCUCUAAGGUACCUGGACAGUAUUCUGCAUCAUGAUAGGAACUGGGCUGCUGAUUGUGCAUAUGUUGUGCAUGUUAUUUUUGUAGUUCUGUAUUGUAUUUAUAUUUGUAAAUGCUGCUCAUAUUGUGAUGUCUGUUUGGGAGGUGAGGAUCACUCAUCUUGGUGUGCUCCACUUUUUAAAUUAUAUACAAAUGACUCACUUCUCUGGAUUACGUGACUGUGUUUGUUUGGUUCAUCCUAAAUUUCCAGUAGCAUCCCUAUGACCAUGCCCUCUAAAACUAUUUAUAAAUUACUCAAAAUAAACGUCCUCCAUGUUUUCAUACCAUGUUUGGGGAUUAUUCUGUUUAACAGGAUGCCUCGAACCUAAAUUAACAGUUGCUUCUCUCUUUUAAAAUAUAUUUGGGGGCCCUGCUCACAGCUCAGCAAAGGAUUUGGAAACUUCCUUUGAAUGUGGAGCCCGCAGAACGCCUCUUAAAAAAGCCUGCGAGGAUUGACAGCGUUUCACCGGGGUCUAAUUUUCCAGAUCCCGGGUUAAUGUUCGGGGCCUCACAUGGCGACUGCGCAACAUUUCGCUCCCCUCCGAUGACACACCGGAGCUAAUCUUCUCACAUUCCUUGCUGAGGGAAUGCUCCCGUUAAAGAAAAAGGCUAUCUAAAGUCUGACCCCUCGCCCUUGUUAAAAUGGCAGGCAUUCUCCACAUGAUUCCUUUUCUGGGGCUGGUUAUUUCUUCUGAGCCGUGGUAGCUGGUUCUACCAUGAGCGCAGAAAUGGUCAACUAUAAUUGGCCUGCAUUUGCUACUUGUUGUCCUCAUCACUGUGUUAUAUUCAGCUGUGUUUUCUCCAUCGCUCAAGUAUCUCACAUUUCCGAGCAGGCUAUACACUUAACAUGGAAUUUUCUAUUUAUUUCUCCCUGCAUAAUGUAGGAUCACUGAACACUGCUGAAUGUAUACUCCUGUUUUCAAAAAAAGUGCUUUGUAUUUAACUGGAAUGUGCCACAGUUCAGAUUUGUUCUGCUCUUUAGAGGGAAAGGCCGCAAAAAUUCACCAUCAGGGGAUUUCUGAAGAAGCUCCCAUCCAGUUUUCAAAUGUCGGAUUUAUUGGGUUUCCUUGUUGACAACAUUAUGAACAGGAUAAUUGUCUAAAGUGUAUAAACAAUGUGUGAAACCACAUUUAACUGGUAUUCCCCCUCAAGCUUGUUCAUCAUAUUUCCCUGUCACAGUGCAUUUGCUGGUGAAUGCAGUGUGUUCAUUGGCGUUACUGCCCUUCAUUUAUUUUGGAAUGUGUUUACAAGAAUGGCAAUUUGAAGUGAGAGAAGUUAAUAUAUUUUGUAUUUUUUUCAUUUAUAUAUGUGUAAUUGUAUUGUUUUCUUGGUGCCAAAGAUAUACUCUACUUUUAAGUUAUAACUGAUGACAAAUACAAAAGGUCCUGUUAAGGCACCUUGCUUCAGCUGGUUGACCCAAUUUGAUGUUGCUGUGAACUUUUAUAAGGAAACAUUUGUAUGUAUGCCUUAACAUUUCACAAUAAUAGAAUAAAUUCUUAAUAUAUGUCUGAU